AUGAAUCUUCUAGCUAACCUUAUGGUCUUUGAAACCAAAGCAAUCACUUUCUCCAUCAUCCUUCUAAUUUGCUUCAUUUGCAUCCUCCUUUUAUUGGGGGUAUUUUUAUAUAAAAGGUAUAAAUCCAUCAAAGAUGAUGAGACAGAAAAAGGUCCUUGUACAGAUGCUAAUAGAGAUGAAGAUUGUUUAGCUGCUAAUGUGGAAAGGAACAAUUCAGGAUACCAAGAAAAGACUAUCGUAAGGGAAAUUAUGAGGCCUGGCAUUCUUGUCCAGAGACAGAGUAAAGAAAUGGUGGCCACCCACUUAGAAAAUGGAAAGGACACAGAGAAGAAAGUAAAGGACAAAAUAAAAGAGAAGCAGUAUUCUAAGAAUGCUGGAGAAAAGGGACAAGAGAAUGAUGAGUUGCAGACACAACACAUACCUGUCACUGGAAGUCCUUCAGUUGUUGAUAACCACAAAAGACCUUUAAAAGGAGUGACAUUUUCUAAAGAGGUAAUUGUUGUGGAUCUUGGGAAGGAAUACCCUAUACCUCGAAGCUAUACUCGAGCACAUAAAGAGAGAAAAUGAAACUCAAAAAGGCUGUGUGUGAAAUAACUGUAACCUUAGACUAACAAUGAAAUGACUGGGGUACAAAAUCAUGUUGAAACAGCAAAAUAAUGGGGAAUUAAGCAAAUACAAAUAGUAUUUUACCUUUGAGCAGAAAGAAGUGGAAUACAUGUAAAAUUCUGUAAGUAAAAUACACAGAGGUUGAAUAUAAUUUUUUUAAAACUCAAAUCUGAGUUCAAGAAAUUGAUUGUAUUACGUGUCCUUCAAACUCAGUUUACUCAAACACUGUCUAACAUGAAUAAAGUUAUUUGUGUUUGC